UCACACGUCACCCCUGCUGCGUUCGGGUGACGGUGUCUGUCAGUUCUAAAUAUACCCCGGGCGACACACGCAGAGAGACAGAGAGACAGAGAAGGCCCUCGCCUCUCGCGGUCGUGAAGACACAGGAAAUGGAGCCUCUGUUGCUGAUGAUGAUGAUCUGGGCGAUCGGACAUCCCGCGGCACUGUUUGUGAGUGGCGAGAACCAGGAGGCGCGACUCUUCAGAGACCUCAUGACCGGCUACAAGAAGGCGUCGCGCCCGGUGAGCACCCAGGGCACGGUGAUCGACGUGCUGGUGAAGAUGACGCUCACCAACCUCAUCUCGCUGAAAGAGCGAGAUGAGAUCUUGACCACAAACGUGUGGCUUGAGCUGCAAUGGGAGGACGAGCGGCUCAAGUGGGACGAGACUGAGUACGGGGGCAUCGACAUCAUCCGCGUGCCUUCCAAGAUGGUGUGGCUGCCCGACAUCGUGUUGGAGAACAACGUCGACGGCCAGUUCGAGAUCACCCUCUUCGUCAACGUGCUCAUCUACCCCUGGGGCCUCGUGUACUGGCUGCCUCCGGCCAUCUACCGCAGCCCCUGCUCCAUCGUGGUCACCUACUUCCCCUUCGAUUGGCAGAACUGCUCGCUCAUAUUCAGGUCCCAGACGUUCAGCUCCAAGGAGAUCAACUUGGUGCUCACGCUGGAGGACAACGCCACCGUGGAGUGGAUCCACAUCGACCCGGAGGCCUUCACAGAGAACGGGGAGUGGUCAAUCCGCCACCGCCCGGCGAAGAAGAUCACCAACGAGCGGUUCCAGCCGGAGGACCUCGAGUAUCAGCAGGUCACCUACUUCCUCAUCAUCAAGAGGAAGCCUCUCUUCUACGUCAUCAACAUCAUCCUGCCCUGCGUGCUCACCUCCUGCCUGGCCAUCCUCGUCUAUUUCCUACCUGGCAAAGCCGGUGGACAGAAGAUCACUUUGUCCAUUAUGGUGCUGCUGGGGCAGACUGUGUUCCUCAUCCUGAUCUCCAAGAAAGUGCCCGAGACAUCUCAAGAUGUCCCGCUCAUCGCUAAGUACCUCAUGUUCAAGAUGAUCGUGGUGGUCGUCAUCGUGGCCAACUGCGUCGUGGUCCUCAACGUGUCCCUGCGGACCCCAAACACGCACAGCAUGAGCCAGCGCACCCGAGAGAUCUUCAUUGAGCUGCUCCCACGUCUGCUGAGGAUGAUCGCCGAGGAAGGCGCCGCCGGUGGCGAGCCGGAGGCGGAGGCCGAGGCAGGCUGGCCGGGUGGCCCUCCGAUGACCGGCGAGGGGAGGCCACGACGUCGAAGUUCCCUGGGCCUCAUGGCGAAGGCCGAGGAGUACAUGAUGAGGAAGCCGCGCAGCGAGCUCAUGUUCGAGCGGCAGCGGCAGCGUCAUGGGCUCACCGGGGCGCCCAACGGCGCCGAUGGCGUCAACGUGGGCACGACUCCGGAGCUCUUCAAGAACCUGUCGCAGUACGGAGCGGAGAUUCGCUCCAUCGUCGACUCCUGCAAGUUCAUCUUCGAGUGCAUCCGCGACCAGAACGACUUAGGCAGUGAGAAUGACGAGUGGAUCCUCAUGGGCCAGGUCAUCGACCGCCUCUGCUUCUGGCUCAUGAGCAUCCUCAUCUUGCUGGGCACGCUCAGCAUCUUCCUGAUGGGCCAUCUGAACGCCGUGCCGUUGCUGCCUUUCCCAGGAGACCCCAAGACAUACACCCCGCCCCUAUAGGGGAAACGCCACCCCCUGCACACACCCCCACCCCGCCCCUAUAGGGGAAACGCCACCCCCUGCACACACCCUCACCCCGCCCCCCACACACGCACACAAAGACAAAGAUCCCCCGUGUAGCCUGUAAGAGACUGUUGUGGCAAGUGCUGUGUUGCGAGUGGCACUUAUUAAGGGAGGCUUUGUGGUACAUGAUGUGGUGGGUGGCCAUCACACACAACAACAACAACCACCGCCAUUCGCCAUCUUGACACCGCUGGUACCAGUCAUCGGCAAGUCCACUCAGCUCCACGUCCUUCUGUACCACAUCACUCCAUCUCUUCUCUAGCCCCUGCCGCGCCUAUUUAGCCCCCUCACAGACACCCCCACACACCCCCACACACCCCACCACGCACACACAACCCACACACACACCCCACACACACCCCCCCACACACACCCCCCACACACACACCCCCACGCACACCCCCAUACACCCCCCCACACGCACACCCCCAUACACCCCCCCACACGCACACCCCCACACACCCCCACACACACACCCCACACACACCCCCACACACACACCCCACACACACACCCCCCACACACAACCACAAGCACACCCCCACACACACCCCCACACACACCCCACACACACACCCCCACCCCACACGCACACCCCCCAACAUACACCCCCACGCACACCCCCACACGCGUGUGGCUGUCGUCGGGUGGUGGAGGGCUUCGUGAGGGCACCAAUUCGGUGUCGGAUCACCACGUGGCCUCGCCACCAAAGUCUCCGCUAGUUUAGGCCACGAAACCUUCACGGUUCGUAAACUUGACGUAUUAUCCGUCACGAGUGCGCGUAACAUAAUCGGCACCGGUCGAUUUUUUUUAAAUUAAUUCUUAAUCGACCUCCACGCGUGCUUUUGCGUCGUGCAACCCUCCACCACCUCGCGCAAGUCGACGGCACAAAACGAUUCGUGUGGCCUCGGGAGCUUUCGACAGACGCGAUGGCGUGACGCCAAGUAGCGCAUUAAAUCGUUUGUCCACGCGACUCCACGCGGACUUGUCGUGAAAACCGCAUUCGCGUCAAGGGGGGUAGAAAACGAACGUCAUCGAUCAGCUCUUCAUCCCCCCCACAGAAGUUCCAGUAGGGAACGUGUCGGCAAAUUAUAACAACAACAACACCACUAUGAGACAUCUCCUUUACCAGUGGCAAAAUAUAGUAGUAGGUUUUUAGCCCUAUCAACUGGUACAAAAACUGACACCUUUGUACAAGGUAUCAUGUUUUCAAUAACCACAACACAAGCAGUCAAAAUCCAAACAAAAAAAGAAACAACUCUGAUAAUGAUAUUCACUGUCCUUGAAGUUGAUUGGUCCACACCCGAGACAACUUUUCUUAGAGCCUAGUCUUGAAAGGGUAAAAACCUAUUACAACAACACCAACACCAAACAAACAAUUUUGAAUACACACCGAUGGGCGUGCGACGUCGAGAUUUUCUUCAACAAAGUUCAUGUGCAGUGCAGUCGGUUCUCAUUUAGGCCGUGGUAGUAGCAGUCGUAGGAUGAAAAAUAGGAAACGAUUUUCGCCUUUCUGGCAAUACAACAGGACGCGUUGAGACGUUCCAACACCAAUUAGAAACCUUUUGCAAAGGAAUCAAGUCCGCGGACUUGUGUUGAACAUACAAACAAACACGUGGCUCUGAUCAUUAAAAAUGACGCUUUGUCUUUGAAACUGAUUUGUCCACACCAGAGUCAGCCACCGCCUUCUUUGUGGCCUCGUUUGGCCAGUGUCAGACCAGAGGACGCCACGAGGCGAACGGCACAAAGACAAAGCACGUGCCAUCAUAGCAUUGAGAGUUCGGGGCGAG